GUAGACAUUGUUUCAGGUGUGGCAAAUGUAAUCAACACCUUUUGAUGUUGGUCAUCAUUCUUGAGAUCUGAGAUUUAGAAUCCUGAAUGUCUAGAAGAACCCAGGGGUCUCCAGAGGAGAGAUCAAGACGAAAAAACUGAAGCCAACCUGGGUCUUCCUACUCUAGACCGUGGUAGUUUCCGUGGUCCCUCCAUGUAGCAUAAUAAAUCCCUGCCUAUGACUCUGUUUCACCUUCAAGAAGCUAUGGUUUCAUUAAUUCUUCAUUCACAUCUCUUGGAACAUCAGGGUGCGGAGUACCACCUUAUUAUCCUCUCCCUGUGAGUGGGAUUGGCACCCCAGCUCUACCUCCUGGCAUAAGUACUCCACGAAACGCAGACGUGUGCCGGCUGACAGCCUGCCUUACCAGGCCCCAGGCAUGGAAGAACUGAUAUGGGAGCAGUACACCGUGACCCUGCAGAAGGAUUCCAAAAGAGGAUUUGGAAUUGCAGUGUCUGGAGGCAGAGACAACCCCCACUUUGAAAAUGGAGAAACGUCCAUCGUCAUUUCUGACGUGCUGGCGGGUGGGCCCGCCGAUGGGCUCCUUCAAGAAAAUGACAGGGUGGUCAUGGUCAACGGCACCCCCAUGGAGGAUGUGCUCCAUUCAUUUGCGGUGCAGCAGUUGAGAAAAAGUGGGAAGAUCGCUGCCAUUGUGGUCAAGAGGCCCCGGAGGGUCCAGCUGGCUCCGCCGCAGGGCAGCCGUCCGCUGGAUGAGGAUGACCGGGCUUUUGAAGUGAUGGACGACUUUGAUGGCAGAAGUGCCCACAGCGGAUACAGUGAGAGGAGCCGGCCCAGCAGCCGCGGUGGGCGCAGCCGCAGCUUCGAGGACAGCCCGGAGAGGGGGCACCCCCACGAACGGGCCCGGAGCCGGGAGCGGGACCGGAGCCGCGGCCGGAGCCUGGAGCGCGGCUUGGACCACGACGACUACGGGCGAGCGCGAGAGCGCAGCCGCGGCCGGAGCCUGGAGCGGGGCCUGGACCACGAUGACUACGAGCGAGCACGAGAGCGCAGCCGCGGAUGGGGCAUUGAUGAGGCCUACAAGCGGGCCUACAGCCCCGAGGUGGGGUACAGCCGCAGGGCCCAGCCCGAUGCCCGCUACGAGGGGUCCCGGAGCCGCAGCCGCGAGCACCUGCGCUCCCGCAGCCCCAGCCCCGACCCCAGGGGGCGACCAGACCGGCUGGAUGCGGACAGGCCCAUCGGUGUCCUGCUGAUGAAAAGCAAAGCAAAUGAAGAGUAUGGUCUCCGGCUUGGGAGUCAGAUCUUCAUAAAGGAAAUGACCAGAACGGGUCUGGCAAGUAAAGAUGGCAACCUGCACGAAGGGGACAUAAUUCUCAAGAUAAAUGGAACUGUAACUGAGAACAUGUCUUUAACGGAUGCUCGAAAACUGAUAGAAAAGUCAAGAGGAAAACUCCAGCUGGUGGUGUUGAGAGACAGCAAGCAGACGCUCAUCAACAUCCCGUCCUUGAAUGACAGCGACUCAGAAAUAGAAGAUAUCUCAGAAAUAGAGUCAAACCGAUCGUUUUCGCCAGAGGAGAGACAGCAGCAGUAUUCCGAUUAUGAUUAUCAUUCCUCAAACGAAAAGCUGAAGGAAAGGCCAAGUUCAAGAGAGGACAUGCAGAACAGAUGGUCCAGGAUGGGCGCCACUCCCACUCCCUUUAAAUCCUCCGGGGAUGUUGAGACCAGCAAGGAGCCCAGACACCAAGAGGAACCCCCAGCUCCUCAACCAAAACCAGCCCCAAGAACUUUUUCCCGUCCUAGUCCUGAAGAUGAAGCAAUAUACGGCCCCAAUACCAAAAUGGUGAGGUUCAAGAAGGGAGACAGUGUGGGCCUCCGGCUGGCCGGUGGCAACGACGUUGGGAUAUUUGUGGCCGGCAUUCAAGAGGGUACCUCGGCGGAGCAAGAAGGCCUUCAAGAAGGAGACCAGAUUCUGAAGGUGAACACGCAGGAUUUCAGAGGGCUGGUUCGGGAGGAUGCUGUUCUCUACCUGUUAGAAAUCCCCAAAGGUGAAGUGGUGACGAUUUUAGCUCAGAGCCGAGCCGAUGUGUAUAGAGACAUACUGGCUUGUGGCAGAGGGGACUCGUUUUUUAUAAGAAGCCACUUUGAAUGCGAGAAGGAGACUCCGCAGAGCCUGGCCUUCACCCGGGGCGAGGUCUUCCGAGUGGUUGAUACGCUGUACGAUGGCAAGCUGGGCCACUGGCUGGCCGUGCGGAUCGGAAAUGAGUUGGAGAAAGGCUUAAUCCCCAACAAAAGCAGAGCUGAACAAAUGGCCAGCGUUCAGAAUGCCCAGAGAGACAACGCUGGGGACAGGGCAGAUUUCUGGAGAAUGCGCGGCCAGAGAUCUGGCGCGAAGAAAAACCUAAGGAAGAGUCGGGAAGACCUGACGGCUGCUGUGUCUGUUAGUACCAAGUUCCCGGCGUAUGAGAGGGUUUUGCUGCGAGAAGCUGGUUUCAAGAGACCCGUGGUCUUGUUUGGCCCCAUAGCAGAUAUCGCGCUGGAAAAGCUGGCGAAUGAGUUACCUGAACUGUUCCAAACUGCUAAAACGGAACCAAAAGAUGCAGGAUCCGAGAAAUCCAGCGGGGUGGUGCGGUUAAAUACCGUGAGGCAAAUUAUUGAACAGGAUAAGCACGCACUGCUGGACGUGACUCCUAGAGCUGUGGACCUGUUGAAUUAUACUCAGUGGUUCCCGAUUGUCAUCUUUUUCAACCCAGACUCUAGACAGGGGGUCAAAACCAUGAGACAGAGGUUGAAUCCAACGUCCAACAAAAGUUCCCGAAAGUUAUAUGAUCAAGCCAACAAGCUUAAGAAAACUUGUGCACAUCUUUUCACAGCUACAAUCAACCUAAAUUCAGCCAACGAUGGCUGGUUUGGCAGCUUGAAGGACACAAUUCAGCAGCAGCAGGGAGAAGCCGUGUGGGUCUCCGAAGGAAAGAUGGAAGGGAUGGAUGAUGACCCCGAAGACCGCAUGUCCUACUUAACCGCCAUGGGCGCGGACUAUCUGAGUUGCGACAGCCGCCUCAUCAGUGACUUUGAAGACACCGACGGCGAAGGAGGCGCCUACACUGACAAUGAGCUGGAUGAGCCAGCUGAGGAGCCGCUGGUGUCUUCCAUCACCCGCUCCUCGGAGCCGGUGCAGCACGAGGAGAGCAUAAGGAAACCCAGCCCAGAGCCGCGAGCUCACUUGAGGAGGGCGGCUAGCAGAGAUCAACUUAGGGACAAUAGCCCGCCCCCGGCCUUCAAGCCAGAGCCGCCCAAGGCCAAAACCCAAAACAGGGAAGAAUUCUUUGACUUCUCCAGAUCCUACGAAUACAACUCAAACCCCUCAGCCGUGACUGGUAACGAAGUUCCCGGGGCAUCUCCCAAGGGUGGUCCUCCUCCGGUUGCUGCGAAACCUGCCCUCGGCCGGUCUAUCCUGAAGCCCACCACUCCGGUCCCUCCGCCCGAGAGUGAGGAGGUGGGAGAGGCCGGGGAGGGGCAAGACAGCGCGCCCAAGUCCGUCCUGGGCAAAGUGAAAAUAUUUGAGAAGAUGGAUCACAAGGCAAGGUUACAGAGAAUGCAAGAGCUCCAGGAAGCACAGAAUGCAAGGAUUGAAAUUGCUCAGAAGCAUCCUGAUAUCUAUGCAGUUCCCAUCAAGACACACAAACCAGACCCUGGCCCGCCCCAGUACACAAGUUCCAGAACCCCCGAGCCACAGAAAGUUCCUUCCAGACUCUAUCAGGAUCCCAGAGGAAGUUAUGAAAGUGACGCCGAGGAGGAAGAAUACCGCCAGCAGCUGUCAGAACAGUCAAAGCGCGGGUACUACGGCCAGCCUUCCCGAUACCGGGACACGGAAUUAUAGAUGCCCGGGAGCGGACUCCUGUGCCCCGCUGCUGCCGCCUCAGAGAACACUCCCACUGAGCCGUGGGAUCGUGCUUUCCGGUUCAAAUGCACUGUGGAGAUGCAGAGGGACCUGAGCCCCCAUUCCUUCACGGGGAGCCCAGGGGACAGCCAGCCCACGUCAAGAACUGAAGGCUCUGUUUGGGGGACUGGGUCUGGGGAGUUGAUGGCUUUUUACUCAGAAUUAAGAGAAACACUACAGUCUGAUACUGUUACCUGCUUCAGUGGACCAAAAUCUGUAUUAAUUCUGUUUGCCUAUUUUUAACAUGUAUAUUAAGACGUGAUAACUAUUUUUCCUUAUUAAUAGCUGCCUUCAAGGACUGUUUCAGUGUGAGACAGAAGGUGAAAAAAGGAAUAAGAAUACUGUCAGACUCAAAUUCAAAGAAGUAUUUUAUUACAACUCUAAGUGCCUUUUGAUGAGAAGUGUAUUAAAUUUUCUUCUUUGAAGCUUUAUGCAAAGCCAUAAUGAACUAAAACAUUUUGACUAAAUUUUUAUACCAGUUUAAUAGCUAUGGUUUUCUGUGCACUGUGUCAUCUUUUCAAAGCAUUGCUUUUGUAAUAUUUUCCACAAAUUCUGACUAUAUACAUAAUAGCUAAACUUGGUAGUUUGGCUACCAGUGCUAAAUAUUAGCUUGAAGACCAAGAAGUUGGUAUAGAAAUUUUUUGUUUAAAACCCUGUGCCCCACAAAAGCAGAGACUCAAGAAAAACACAUUUUAUUUCCAGAAGUGUGUGUAUUGACUUCAGUUUUAUAAUUUAAUAAAGAGGAGGACAUUGCAAUCAA